GUCAGAAACAAGCGUCUCACCACUAGCGAGGAACCUUCCAGCAUUUUGACUCGUCGAAAAAGUUUGCGAGAAACAACCCACGGCGCACUCAGCUGCAGACAUGGAUGCCAGGUCCGAGCCCCUCGCCUGGCCAGCUAACCUCCCAGGGACGCCCGCAGAUCUACCACAAAUAUCAGCAGCUGCAAAACUCCCAAGAGAUUUGCAACACGGGUGAGGCUAGAGCCAAGCAUUGGCGAAGUCCACGGGCAUUCAAAGUAUGUUUCUGUCGCAUACUUUCUCCAUUGUUUGCUGGAAUAAGCAUCUCUUUUGCCUUGGCUGUCACGUCCUUAAACCCCAAAACUCUCGUCUUGUCCCAGAUCUGUAAUUUGCUUGUUUCUGGUGAAGAAGUCCCAAGGCGACUUGAUGAUUCAGUACUGUACGAGCACACAGUCCUUUUUUUAGAUCAUGCUGUCAGGAACUUCCAGACAGAUUGCAUGAAGUGGCGAUGAUCUCUUGGUCUUCCUGCAAGCAGUAGCAGUCACAUAAAGGUUGGCCAACUCCCCAAGUUCUUCAUUUCUCUUCUAGCGGGGCUCAUUAUAAUUUUCGUACACCCAAUCCUUUAGAAAGCUAGCCUUUCCUUUUCCAUUCUCAAUUCCAUACCCGUUCCAUUCAUUAAAAGCCGUCCUUGUACUCUCAUCAAAACCUACCUCAAACAUGAAGUACCCAUCACCAUUCAUCGGCCUCUUCGCGGCCACGGCCGUCCUUUCUCUUCCUCUCAACAUCAAUAUGGGGGCCUAUUCUCCAGCUCUGGUAGUCGGUGAUGGAGCUAUCGGAUUCGAAGGCCAGGCCGGUGCGAACCAAGUCGCAAGCUUGAUGAACACCCUUCAAGGUGCAACUGCCAAUGGUGCUAUCCCAGCUCCAGGUGGAGCUCAACCUGCAGCUCCUGCUGAGCAACCGGCACCGGCCGCUCCAGCUGCUGAGAGCAUUACUACCGACGCACUUCCUCAGGGUAUGGGCAAGAUUGUGAACGUUCGUGCGGAUGAGUUCGAGGGAUUGACUCCUGAGGAGCAAGAAGCUCUUGAGGAGGCCCAAGAGGAAGCUGCCAUUACCGACAACACCAAGCGUGCUGUGGAGGAGUUCGAGGGAUUGACUCCAGAGGAGCAGGAGGCUUUAGAGGAGGCACAAGAAGAGGCUGCAAUCACCGAUAAUACCAAGCGCGAUGAGUUCGAGGGUCUUACCGCUGAACAAAUAGAAGCUCUUGAGGAGGCUGAAGAAGAAGCAGCCAUCACCGACAACACCAAGCGGGAUGAGUUCGAAGGCCUGACCGACGAAGAAAUAGAAGCUCUGGAGGAGGCUGAGGAAGAAGCAGCCAUCACCGACAACACUAAGCGAGACCUGACUGCUGAAGAAGAGGAGGAACUUGAUGAAGAGAUCGAUUUCGAAGAUAACGCAAAGCGAGGGAUCUAGCUGGCUUUAACACGGCGUUGAAUUAUGCGACGGGUGCUAUGAAGAUUUCGCCUGAAGUGCAACUUGGUACUGGGGUUGGUGGAUCGGGUAUAGGUAUUUCGCAGAAGGCUGGCGGUACUCCAGCUGCAGCUCCUGCUGCACCUGGUAAUGAGCCUCGUCCGGCUUAGGAGGAUACGGUCUUGAAUUCCUCCUUCUGUACGUCAUCUUGUAAGCAUUUGCAAUAAUUAGA